CAGUUCCGUGUCCUACUUCAGCUCUCUCUCUCUCUCCCUCCCUCCCUCCCUGUGUCUCUGUCAAUGUAAUGGGCAAAAGCAGGGGUUAAAGCGUUCACCACACACACACACACACACACACACAUAUACACGCACAUACACACACACACACAAACUCCGUGCCUUGCUCCACACUCUUUUCCUGUGUGCCCCUGUGUCUGUCUGUGUGUGUAUGUGUGCGUGUGUGUGUGUGUGUGUGGACCUCUCUCUGUGCAACUCACCAGCGCUUGAGCUGCUUGCAUCUCAAGGUUAAUACAAGGCGCAGGAAAUUUGGAAGGGGCAGUUAUCGGCGACCCAUCCAAUGUGUUCAGUUUGCAGGAAAGAUCUCAUCUUGGAUCUGGAAGAAAGCGAAAUCAAACACGCCAGGAAACUGGCCUGGAAGAUCCAGAGAGGGAAAGCUUGGUGUAUAUCUCAACUCAAACUGGUCUAUAACUGAUGCUGCUGCGCCGUGUGGAUUAAUUCAGCAUUUCUUUCCUGCAUUUGGAAGACUCGUGAAAGGGAAAAGUCAGUUGAGAAAACAAAAAGAAAAUCUACAAACACUCGCCUGGCCAAAGGACUUUAAAUCCAGCGCCCGGGGUCUGUGUGAGCUGGCUUGACUCUUGGGGUUGGUCAAUCCUCCUUGGUGGAAGGACCUCAUUGUUCAAGGGAGUGUUUUGCCUUCAUUCCAAUCUGACUAGAGGACGUUCCUAUAUAGCAAGAUGGUAAUCGCGGACCCAGAAGGAUAAUACUGGGCUUCAAUGCAAGUAGUUGGAUCUUCGUGGUGGUAAAUGGAUCCUCUGGGUCGUACCAGUCCAGUCGCGAGAGGUUAAGAUCGACAUUGAUUCCCAGCCUGUGACCCAGGCUGUUUUCUCACGUCUGGAAGAUCGUAUACUCACUCUGGGAUCAUAAGACAAUGUUCAGCUCCAGUGGAAUACCGUGGCUGUCUUUUGUCCUUGCCCCAACUUUGAAUCUAAACGUCCUCCUUUGGAUAACGACCCUCGCAGUGCGGUCUGGCCUCCUCAGUUGCCAGGAAAACUACCCCAUCGUCAACACCAACUACGGGAAGCUGAGAGGGGUGAGAAUGCCACUUCCCAAUGAGAUCCUGGGACCAGUGGACCAGUACCUUGGAAUACCGUACGCCUCAGCUCCGACGGGCGAGAGACGCUUCCAGCACCCAGAGUCCCCGUCCUCCUGGACCGGCAUCAGGAACGCUACGCACUUCGCCCCGGUCUGCCCCCAGAACAUUCACGGGAUUUUGCCCGACAUGAUGUUGCCUGUCUGGUUUACCUCCAAUCUGGAUAUCGUGGCCACUUACAUUCAAGAUCAGAGCGAAGACUGCCUCUACCUGAAUGUUUACGUACCGACUGAAGAUGGAGCCAACACAAAGAAACACGCUGAUGAUAUAACCAGUAAUCAUGGUGAUGAAGAUGAAGAUAUCCAUGACAAUGGUCCCAAACCAGUAAUGGUGUAUAUUCAUGGAGGCUCCUACAUGGAAAGCACUGGCAACUUAAUUGAUGGAAGCAUCCUGGCAAGUUAUGGAAAUGUUAUUGUUGUCACACUCAACUACAGGCUCGGGGUUUUAGGCUUCCUAAGCACAGGUGAUCAAGCUGCCAAAGGGAAUUAUGGAUUGCUGGACCAAAUUCAAGCAUUAAGGUGGAUCAGUGAAAAUAUUGGAGCUUUUGGAGGGGAUUCAAUGCGGAUUACAGUCUUUGGCUCUGGUGCGGGAGCAUCCUGUGUCAGCUUGCUGACACUCUCCCACUAUUCAGAAGGUCUGUUUCAGAAGGCAAUCAUUCAGAGUGGGACAGCCUUAUCCAGCUGGGCUGUUAAUUAUCAGCCUGCCAAGUAUACUCGUUUAUUGGCAGAGAAGGUCGGCUGCAGUAUGCUGGACACCAUUGACCUGGUGGAGUGCCUACGGAUGAAGAACUAUAAGGAGCUGAUUGAGCAGGACAUUAUGCCUGCCCGUUACCACAUUGCUUUUGGGCCAGUCAUCGACGGAGACGUCAUUCCUGAUGACCCCCAGAUCCUCAUGGAGCAGGGAGAGUUCCUCAACUACGACAUCAUGCUAGGCGUCAACCAAGGCGAGGGCCUGAAGUUCGUGGAGAAUAUGGUGGACAACGAGGACGGUAUCUCGGCUAGUGACUUUGACUUCGCCGUCUCCAACUUUGUGGACAACCUGUACGGCUACCCAGAGGGGAAGGAUACCCUGAGGGAGACCAUCAAGUUCAUGUACACCGACUGGGCAGACAAAGAGAACCCUGAGACUCGUCGCAAGACCCUGGUGGCACUGUUCACCGACCACCAGUGGGUGGCGCCGGCGGUAGCGACAGCUGACCUGCAUGCCCAGUACGGCUCACCCACCUAUUUCUACGCCUUUUACCACCACUGCCAGAGUGACAUGAAGCCAGGCUGGUCUGAUGCUGCACACGGAGACGAGGUCCCCUAUGUCUUCGGUGUCCCCAUGAUUGGACCCACUGAGCUUUUUCCCUGUAACUUCUCGAAGAAUGAUGUUAUGCUCAGUGCAGUGGUCAUGACCUACUGGACCAACUUUGCGAAGACAGGUGACCCAAACCAGCCCGUUCCACAGGACACAAAAUUCAUCCACACAAAACCCAACCGGUUCGAGGAAGUUGCCUGGUCGAAGUACAACCCAAAGGACCAACUGUACCUUCAUAUCGGCCUGAAGCCCAGGGUGAGGGAGCACUACCGAGCUACCAAAGUGGCCUUCUGGCUUGAACUGGUCCCUCACCUUCACAACCUGAACGAGAUCUUCCAAUAUGUGUCGACGACCACCAAGGUGCCACAGACAGACUCCACGCCAUUCCCUUACGUGACCAGGCGGGCCCCAGGGAAGUUGUGGUCUUCGACCACCAAGCGCCCACCUCUGACUCCCUCCCACAACCCCAACAAGCAGGCCAAAGAUACGCGCAAGUCCAGCCCCGAAGAGACGACGGUCCUGAUUGAGGAUAAGAGGGACUAUUCGACCGAGCUGAGCGUCACCAUCGCGGUGGGGGCUUCGCUGCUCUUCCUGAAUAUCCUGGCCUUCGCCGCCCUCUACUACAAGAAGGACAAGAGGCGCCAUGAGACGCACCGACGACAGAGCCCCCAGCGCGGUGGCAGCGGUGGGGCUACCAACGACUUGGCUCACCUCCAGAACGAGGAGAUGAUGUCGCUGCAGAUGAAGCAGAUGGACCACGAGCACGAGUGCGAGGCAAUGCAGACCCACGACACCCUGAGGCUCACUUACCCACCCGACUAUGCCCUGACCCUGAGGAGGUCACCGGACGACAUCCCGCUCAUGACCCCCAACACCAUCCCCAUGAUCCCCAACACCCUGGCUGCAAUGCAGCCCCUGCACACGUUCAACACAUUCACUGGAGGGCAGAACAGUGCAAGCUUGCCCCACGCACAUUCCACUACCCGGGUAUAGCUCCCCUGUAGGAGGAGCCAUAUUCCCCCCACUUCCCUCCACCCCCGUUUGAGGUCUCACCCGCAUUUGAGUGAGAAAUCUCAUUUUGCUUUUUUUCUUCCAUUUACAACACAAUUUUAACAAGCGCUGAAGCUGAACUUGACAGAAAACCAUCCGCAAGUAGAAGACAAAUAUCAGAGUAACUACUUCCUUUUUGACACAAUGGCCAUUAGGGAUGGGGGAAUAAGUUCCUGUAUUCACUUUGCAGUUGAAUUGUUUCAAUGAACAUAGCCAAGGGAAGGACAAAAUAAAAGAGAGAAACAGUGCAUUCUACAAUCAGAAUUGAAAGCAGAAGUCUUUUAUAUAUGAUGAGCGUUUGAAAACCAAUUCAAAUAUUCCACUGUAUCAGAUGGCACUGACAGCUCAGUGUCCAACAGCGCAGAGAAUCAUGGAUCUUUUCUAACCAUCUGGCAGCGACAGUGAGAAGGAUUAACCGUAGGACAGUGUAUUCAACAAAGGAUAGCUCUCGUUUCAAAGUAAGUGAUUGUACAGUAUCUUCAAUGUGCCACGCUGUGUUACACCCUUAUUGCCAGGAAUUAAUGAUCGAACAAAGGCUUUUUUUUCCUGAAUUGAGAUGUGUGAUGGUACUGCACUUGAUGAAUAUCCCAUUUCAUCGAUGAAAGGACAAUUCAGUUGUGUGGAUCCCAAGUCUGUAUGAAGUUAGACUGACUUGUCCCUCUGAACUGUAUUUAUGAAACUUUGUAAACAUCUGUAAAUAGCUGUGGGUUUAAAGAAGAAAAAGCUUUUAUUGUUCUUUUUAAGUUUUAAAGGGUCAGCUUUUAGACAGCUUGUGCUUUAUAUCAUGUUCUUUCUGUAUAUACAUGAGAUGAACCAUCUCUGUUCUCUGCCAAUUACUUUACCUGGAUAAUAUGGUACCUGAAGUACUUUUGAGGCUUGGGUAUUUAUACCAUCAACCUCUGUAGAAGAUAUGGCUGCUUAUGCUUACUACCCAGAACAUUUCUUCUAUGUAACUUAGCUUAUCUCUGUUUUAGAUUAUGUUAGGUGCAUGUUUAAGUAUCGUAGCAAGCAACUGUGGAUUUGUAUUUUCUUUCAGUACAUGAUCAGAAAGGAAAAGGUGAGUCAUGACACACGGCAAAGUGGGACUCAUGGAGUCCUGAGGGCAGUUGGGCGGGAUAGGGAGAAUUUACAAAUAAACAAUAUUGUUAAUAUUUAAAGCAGACGACAAAAAAAAAGUUUUCUCUCAUCAUCCAUCUCACAUCAGUUCUCUUAGACAACACUCUUGUUAUUUGCCUUUCGCGGGAGGGAUGGGAAUUGCAACAAGCUGACGACUGACUCAAAUUGGAUUAGCAGGCCCAGGCGAUGUGUCUGAGGGAGUGCACGACCAGGAAACACCAAGUCUCUCCUGCUUUGUAAGGGUGCCUAGCAAUCCUAGAGGAUCCAUAUUGAAAUUUUCCAGACCACAAACUUCAAGAUGUUCGAGGUAUAAAGGUUAAAGGAUAAUUAUGUGCUUUUGGAGAAUGAUAGACAGAUUGAACACGAUUUUGCCGUUGGGAGAAACAUACCUCGUAAGGACAGAAGUCUAGAAUACAAGUAAUAUACUUUCAUUUGAAUCUUGUUAACUGUGUGCAUUCUUUAUCUCAUUUUGUCCAAUACAUUUUGAAGCACGAAGGGUCCUUAAAUGUAGUAUAUCGAUGUAUAUGUUUUUGUUCCACUUUUGUUUGCCUUAAGUGAUAAUAGACAAUGACCUUUUGGCUGGACAUAUAUAUAUAUAAAAUUUUCAGCAGCUUUUUUAAAUAAAAUGA